CGUGUUUCGCCGCGUGUACGUCCGGCCGGCAUCUUGUUCAGUGUAUCGUUCGCGCGAACACAAGCUGGCGCGCAUCGUGUUACGUAAUUAGAUAAAUUCAAAAUGACUCCUGUUCACGAAGAUUGGUCGGAGGCGAGUUGCGUACAACUUAUACGAGAGUUCAGAGCUAGACCGAUUCUAUGGGACACGAAAAAUCCUUUUUUCUUCAAGAAAACUAUGAAGCCAGAAUUAUGGGAAGAGGUUGGCCGAUCGUUGAACGUAUCUGGGGAUGCUUGCAAACAUAAGAUGUCGAUACUAUUGUCUUCGUUCAGAAGGGAAAAGGCCAAGAUUAUGCGCAGUAUUAAGGGUGGAAAGGAUUUAAGUAAAAUGUACAAAAGCACGUGGUUCGCAUUUAAAGAAAUGUCCUUUCUUAUGGACAAAGAUACAGAAAGAAAAAGACAGUCAACGGCCACAGAUGACGACGACGAAGACGACGCUCCGACUCUUAAAAAAGUCUUAUUAAAACACCACAUUCAGCCACCAAUAAGCAAAAUGGCACAAACAAAUCGACAAUCGGCGGCGAUUCACAAAGAGAUAUCGAAAAUAAUAAACAAAGUACCAGUUUCAAAUGAAAUGCCACAAAAACAAAAUACGACUCAAACUAUUCAACCCUCUCCUGGUCCCAGUGAAGUCACAUCUGAGAGUGACGAAGAAAUAAAAUCGUUUGCAAAUUUCAUAGCGUUUAAAAUGAGGAAAUACCCGGAGGCGACAAAGAAUGCGGUACAGCAAGAAAUAUGCAACAUUAUAUUUAGAGCUGAUCAAAAUUAUUUCGAAAAAUGCUAUGAACAAUACAUGGAUAGCGACGAUGACCCUUUAGACAAGACAGUGACACAGAUACUGCAGUAUGAUCUUGAAACUCAACCAAAAAUUGAAACAGAAUCUGACAUUAGUGAUUAAUGAUAGUUGACAAUGUAAGGAUCUCAUGUGACAGAGAUAAUAAAUGGUCUACAAGCUAAUUACUGGCAGUACAAAA